AUGGCAUCACGCUACGAAGCUGAAGUGAAACUCUCAUCGGCUCGCAACCUCAAAAACGUGAACUGGCGCAACGGCCCAAAUAGACCAUACGGCGUCGUUUGGGUAGACUCAAAGAACAAAUUCUCAACCAAAAUCGAUGAAAACGGUGACACAGAAGCUAGUUGGGAUCAAACUCUCGUAAUUCCUUUACCACCGCAGCCAAUUGAAGAUCUCACUCUUUACAUCGACAUCGUCCACGCCGGCUCCGAAGAAGACACCAAGCCACUCAUCGGCUCGGCUAAGCUCAAACUCAUCGAAAUUCUCGACGAUGCAGGGAUUGGUGAGCGUGCUAGCCGAUCCCUGACGCUGAAGCGACCAUCGGGAAGACCACAUGGAAAAGUUGAUGUCAAGGUAACAAUUAAAGAACCCGGCUAUUAUUCGCCAAAUUUAUACUACACUCCUCCUUACGGUGUUCCUCCGCCUCUGGCGUCGAGAGAUUAUAAUUAUAAUCCCUCGGCGCCAGAUAGAGACUCUUAUGGAGCACGGCAGCAGAAUAAUUAUUACGGUUAUACUGCUGCUGUGCCACAAGGAGGGUAUCCUUAUAACACGGGCCCUGAAACAGCUGGAUAUGGGGCACAAACGGCGUCGUAUGGACAAGGAAGUAGUUAUGGGGCACAAACGGCGUCGUAUGGACAAGGGAGUAGUUAUGGAUAUGGACAAGUGGAGGAAAAGAAGAAGAGUAAGUUUGGUGGGAUGGGGACAGGAUUGGCUGUGGGUGCAGUUGCUGGGGUUCUAGGUGGAGUUGCGCUUGUGGAAGGUGCUGAGUAUCUUGAGGAUAAGAUUGCUGAUGAUGCUGCGGAGAAAGUUGAGGAUGAUCUUGGUUAUGGUGAUGAUGAUGGUGGUUAUGAUGGGGAUGAUUUCUAG